UCCGCCAGCUGUAGGCGCGAAGGAAAGAGGGAGGGAGAGCCGGGCUGGAGCCCAGGCAGGGCUGGGACAGCGCUUCUCGUUUCUCCUCCCGCGGGCCUCCCGCUCCCUCUCCUCCCGCACCUCUCCCGCGGGGAGGGUCGCGUUUCCUUCUUCGUCUUCCGGCCGCUGGAGCCGCGGGCGCCGGUGUAACGCCGGUGUAACGCCCGGGCGCGUCCCGGCCGCCACGGCCCGCCGCUCCUCCUGCACACCCAGGGGAGCGCGGCUUUCCUCUGCAGUGCUCUCCUUUCCUACAGCUGGUGGUUCUAAGGUGUGUGCGUGCUUCAGACACCUUGCAUCCGGGUCGUUGUCCCUUCAGUAGCUUGCCGAGAGGCCCCUGAACAGAGUGUCAUGUAACAACUUAAAAUUUUCAUGUGAAAACAGAAAAUGGCUUCAAGAGGAACAACAGAGACCAGUAAACUAAAACAAAACUUGGAAGAGCAGUUGGAUAGAUUAAUGCAGCAGCUUCAGGAUCUGGAGGAAUGCAGAGAGGAGCUAGAUGCAGAUGAGUAUGAAGAGACCAAAAAAGAAACUCUAGAACAGCUGAGUGAGAUCAAUGACUCCUUGAAGAAGAUUAUGUCUGGAGAUAUGACUUUGGUGGACGAGCUCAGUGGGAUGCAACUGGCAAUACAAGCAGCCAUCAGCCAAGCGUUUAAAACUCCUGAAGUAAUUAGAAUGUUUGCAAAGAAACAACCAAGGCAAUUGAGGACAAGGUUGGCAGAGAUGGACCGAGACUUAAUGGUUGGGAAGCUGGGACGAGACCUGUACACACAGCAGAAACUGGAAAUCCUGACUGCGCUCAGAAAGCUUGGUGAGAAGCUCACUCCAGAUGAUGAGGUGUUCUUGUCAGCAAAUGCUGGUACAGCCCUGAGCCAGUUUGAGAGAGUCUCCACUGACCUCGGAUCAGGAGACAAAGUCUUUGCUCUAGCAAGUUUUGAAGUAGAAAAGGCAAAGCAAUGAAGAGGUGCGUGAGGCUUGUGUCUCUCCAGUUAUCAGCAGCAUUGGACUUCUGUCAUAUUGCAUUUGUUUUUUCUAUUUUUAACAUGUUGGAGAAAAGCAAAACAAACAAAAAAACCAAACGCUAAACCUCUUGGGUUCUUAACCAGAAGAUAUGAAGUCAACAGCCUUAAGUGCACUUUGGAACCUUGGUGUCUGUACCCCUUAGUAAGCUCUGAGGCUGAAUACUAAGCGGUACUCUAAAAACAAAAGCAUGGUAUGCCUGUCUUUGGAAAGAAUCGGCUAUUUUGAACUUUUCUGAAUGUGUAUUUCUCUAACUAUUAAAACAUAAUCUUUUUGCA